AUGGAUGCAAGGAGAGUGGUGGGAAUCAUAACGCUGAUGCUUAGUUACUUGAAAUGGGGAUGGGAAGUUAUGCUCCACACUUCCUUCUUCCAUUCUCACCCCCACUCCCACCUUCUUCUUCAAUACCCAACCGCCGCCGCCGCAGCAGCUCACCACCGUCCCCGCGGUGUCGGGGCGGCCGACCAGGACGCCGCGGAAUGCGCGGUGUGCUUGUCCAAGAUCGAAGGAGGCGACGAGGUUGCGGAGCUGGCGUGUCACCACGCGUUCCACAAAGUUUGUCUGGACAGAUGGACACACUACUCCUUCUUCACCCGCCGCCGCCAUCCCACGUGUCCACUCUGCCGCCGUUCAUUGACCGGGGCGCCGGAGGAAGUGGUUGUGUUCGAUUUUGCUCGGUUCGUUUGCUCCGAUGACGAUAACCGCCAAACUUGGUGGCUCCGGUAG